UCCACAAAAUACUGUAUAAUGGAAACAAGUAUUCCAUUACUUGUGCUGUACCUGACCCUGAACCUUUUAACGGUGGCUAUGUGUGUGUUUAUGUGUGUAGGCAAUGUCACAGCCCUGUGUUGGGAUCCUGUGCAAAGGGUUUUAUUCUCUGGAAGUUCUGAUCAUUCAAUCAUCAUGUGGGACAUUGGAGGCCGUAAAGGAACAGCUUUUGAGCUGCAGGGACACAAUGAUAAAGUGCAGGGUUUGUGUUACGCUUCACACACCCGUCAACUCAUUUCCUGUGGCUCAGAUGGAGGAAUAGUUAUCUGGAACAUGGACGUCACACGGCAGGAGACUCCGGAGUGGCUUGACAGUGACUCGUGUCAGAAGUGUGAACAGCCGUUCUUCUGGAAUUUUAAACAGAUGUGGGACAGUAAGAAAAUCGGCCUGCGACAGCAUCACUGUAGGAAGUGUGGCCAGGCUGUGUGUGGAAAGUGCUCCUCUAAACGCUCCACUAUUCCUCUAAUGGGAUUUGAGUUUGAGGUGCGGGUUUGUGACAGUUGUCACGACUCUAUUACAGAUGAGGAACGGGCGCCCACUGCAACAUUCCAUGACAGUAAGCACAGCAUCAUACACAUGCAGUAUGAACCAACCCGGGGCUGGCUGCUCACCUCCGGGACAGACAAAAUCAUCAAGCUAUGGGACAUGACUCCAGUGGUAUCAUGAGAAUCCACUGCAAGCUGGAACUAAGAAUCAGUGCUGAACCUGAACUGAGAACCACGUGUUUGUGGAGAACGUUCAGAGUUCAGGUCACUUUCCAUGGGCAGCUUCAUAUCAUAGAGGAAAAACUCAAG